UCGCGCACUAUUGCCGCGGCAGCAGCUGGCUCCAGGAGGUCGGGGGUCGCACGGAGCCGCCGCCGGGUGCCCGACCCCUACCCGCCACACUCCCAAGUAGGGGUGUGGGGACCCGGCGGGCGCAGGGGAGCGGCCCCCACCUCUAUCCGCCGCUGUCCGUGAAUUAUGCAGGAGGUUGGCACCGGUGUUCGAGUUGCUCAAGUUUCCCUGGCAACUUUCAUCCAGGCAUCCCUUCUCCGGCGCAGCGGGCAGCUCCACCCGUGCGCCCGGGGCCCUAGGCUCCUUCCCCGGGCAGCCUGGCCGCGCAGCCCUGGGUACCCGGUUACUGUAGUUCUCUGGAAGACUCAGACCCAGACCACGCCCUCGCCCCCUGGACUGGGGCCUCUGAGGAAGCCAAGGUUUAGAAACUUCUCCACUCAGCCCACCUCCGCCAUCCAGAGUGCAGACUGUGGUUGCUGUAAGGAGCUUUCCUGUGGGACCCGACGUGCUGACAGCUCUGAGAUCCAGGCACCAUGCCACGCAGCCCCACAUCCAGUGAGGACGAGAUGGCCCAGAGCUUCUCCGACUAUUCCAUGGGCUCAGAGUCAGAUAGUUCCAAAGAAGAGACCAUCUAUGACACGAUCCGGGCCACCACAGAGAAACCAAGCGGCCCGAAGAUGGAGGAGAUCCAGGACAACACCUUGGUGAUUCGAGUACUCAUCCAGGAUCUGCAGCAGACGAAGUGCAUUCGAUUUAACCCAGAUGCCACUGUGUGGGUGGCCAAGCAGCGAAUCUUGUGUACCCUGAACCAAGGCCUGAAGGAUGUACUCAACUAUGGGCUCUUCCAGCCGGCCAGCAAUGGGCGGGACGGCAAGUUCCUGGAUGAGGAACGGCUGCUGCGGGAAUACCCACAGCCCACAGGCCAGGGUGUGCCUUCCCUGGAGUUUCGCUAUAAGAAGCGUGUGUACAAGCAGUCCAACCUGGAUGAGAAGCAGCUGGCCAGGCUCCACACAAAGACCAAUCUGAAGAAGUUUAUGGACCACACUCAGCAUCGCUCAGUGGAGAAGCUGGUCAAGCUGCUGGACAGAGGCCUGGAUCCCAAUUUCCAUGACCUGGAGACUGGAGAGACGCCCCUGACCCUGGCUGCCCAGCUCAGUGACUCCAUGGAGGUCAUCAAAGUUCUCAGAAAUGGGGGUGCACAUUUGGACUUCCGUGCCAGGGAUGGGAUGACCGCCCUUCACAAGGCUGCCCGGAUGAGGAACCAGGUUGCUCUGAAGACCCUCCUGGAGCUCGGCGCCUCCCCAGACUACAAGGACAGCUAUGGACUCACACCGUUGUAUCACACGGCCAUUGUGGGUGGUGACCCUUACUGCUGCGAGCUCCUUCUCCAUGAGCAUGCCUCUGUGUGCUGCAAGGACGAGAACGGCUGGCAUGAGAUCCACCAGGCCUGCAGGUACGGACAUGUCCAGCAUCUGGAACAUCUGCUCUUCUAUGGCGCGGACAUGAGUGCACAGAACGCCUCAGGGAACACAGCCCUGCAUAUCUGUGCUCUCUACAAUCAGGACAGCUGUGCCAGAGUGCUGCUGUUUCGGGGCGGAAACAAGGAAUUGAAAAACUACAACAGCCAGACGCCAUUUCAGGUGGCAAUAAUAGCGGGGAACUUUGAACUUGCAGAGUACAUCAAGAACCACAAGGAAACAGACAUCGUGCCCUUCCGAGAGGCCCCAGCUUAUUCCAACCGCAGGCGGCGGCCCCCCAAUACAUUGGCUGCCCCCAGAGUUCUUCUGCGUUCCAAUAGUGACAACAACCUCCAUGCUGGUGCACCGGAAUGGGCUGUCUGUUCUGCAGCCACCUCCCACCGAAGCCUCUCACCCCAGUUGCUGCAGCAGACACCCAGCAAGCCCGAUGGAGCCACGAAGAGCCUUGGAAGCUAUGUCCCCGGGCCCCGCAGUCGCUCCCCCUCACUCAACAGGCUCGGUGGCACUGGCGAGGAUGGCAAGAGGCCACAGCCACAUUGGCAUGUGGGGUCGCCCUUCACUCCUGGUGCCAACAAGGACUCCCUCUCAACCUUUGAGUACCCAGGGCCCAGGAGGAAGCUGUACAGUGCGGUGCCCGGGAGACUCUUCGUCGCCAUCAAGCCAUACCAACCCCAAGUCGACGGCGAGAUCCCCCUUCAUCGAGGUGACAGAGUCAAAGUUCUGAGCAUCGGCGAGGGCGGCUUCUGGGAAGGCAGCGCCCGUGGCCAUAUCGGGUGGUUCCCGGCUGAGUGUGUGGAGGAGGUGCAGUGCAAACCCCGGGACAGCCAGGCAGAAACCCGUGCUGACCGCAGCAAGAAACUCUUCCGGCAUUACACAGUGGGCUCUUAUGACAGCUUCGAUGCUGCCAGUGACUGCAUUAUUGAGGACAAGACGGUGGUCCUGCAGAAGAAAGACAACGAGGGCUUUGGAUUCGUGCUCCGAGGAGCAAAAGCUGAUACCCCCAUUGAGGAGUUCACACCAACACCGGCAUUCCCAGCCCUGCAGUACCUGGAGUCUGUGGAUGAAGGUGGGGUUGCGUGGCAAGCCGGACUAAGGACCGGGGACUUCUUGAUUGAGGUUAACAAUGAAAAUGUCGUCAAGGUGGGCCACCGGCAGGUGGUGAACAUGAUCCGCCAGGGAGGGAAUCACCUCGUCCUUAAGGUCGUCACGGUGACCAGGAAUCUAGACCCUGAUGAUACUGCCAGAAAGAAAGCUCCCCCACCUCCAAAGCGGGCUCCGACUACGGCCCUUACACUGCGUUCCAAGUCCAUGACGGCAGAGCUGGAGGAACUCGAUAAACCCGAAGAGAUAGUGCCAGCCUCCAAGCCCUCCAGGACCGCAGAGAAUGUGGCCAUAGAAUCGAGGGUGGCGACCAUCAAGCAGCGGCCCACUAGCCGGUGCUUCCCAGCAGCCUCUGAUGUGAACUCCGUGUACGAGCGCCAAGGGAUUGCUGUAAUGACGCCCACGGUCCCUGGGAGCCCGAAAGGCCCAUUUCUGGGCCUCCCUCGAGGUACGAUGCGAAGGCAGAAAUCUAUAGGGAUAACAGAGGAAGAGCGGCAGUUUCUGGCUCCCCCGAUGCUGAAGUUCACCCGAAGCCUGUCCAUGCCGGACACUUCUGAGGACAUACCCCCUCCGCCGCAGUCUGUGCCCCCGUCUCCCCCUCCACCUUCCCCCACCACGUACAACUGCCCCAAGUCCCCGACUCCAAGAGUCUAUGGGACAAUUAAGCCUGCAUUCAAUCAGAACCCCGUCGCCAAGGUGCCGCCAGCGACCAGGUCUGAUACUGUGGCCACCAUGAUGCGGGAAAAGGGGAUGUUCUACAGGAGAGAGCUGGACCGAUUCUCCCUGGACUCUGAAGAUGUCUACAGCCGCAGCCCCACCCCACAGGCCGCCUUCCGCACCAAGCGGGGACAGAUGCCUGAGAACCCAUACUCAGAGGUGGGGAAGAUAGCCAGCAAGGCCGUCUACGUCCCUGCCAAGCCAGCCAGGCGGAAGGGCAUGCUGGUGAAGCAGUCCAACGUGGAGGACAGCCCUGAGAAGACAUGCUCCAUCCCCAUCCCCACCAUCAUCGUCAAGGAACCCUCCACCAGCAGCAGCGGCAAGAGCAGCCAGGGAAGCAGCAUGGAGAUUGACCCCCAGGCCGCCGAGCCUGGCCAGCUGAGGCCCGACGACAGCCUCACCGUCAGCAGUCCCUUCGCUGCCGCCAUCGCUGGGGCUGUACGUGACCGGGAGAAGCGUCUGGAAGCCAGGAGGAAUUCCCCAGCCUUCCUCUCCACAGACCUGGGAGAUGAAGAUGUGGGUCUGGGGCCACCUGCUCCCCGGAUACGGCCCUCCAACUUCCCUGAGGAGGGUGGGUUUGGUGACGAGGAUGGAACGGAACAGCCACUAUCGCCUACCCCUGGGACAGCACCCAGGGAGCUGGAGAACCACUUCCUAGGUGGUGGUGAGGCUGGUACUCCGGGGGAGACCGGGGGACCCCUGAGUUCCACAUCCAAAGCCAAGGGGCCUGAGAGUGGCCUAGCAGGUCCUCUCAAGAGUGGCAGCCCAGCCAGCCCUGAGAAUUACGUGCACCCACUCACAGGGCGGCUGCUCGACCCCAGCUCCCCACUGGCCCUGGCACUCUCUGCCAGGGAUCGAGCCAUGCAGGAGUCUCAGCAGGGGCACAAGGGGGAGGCCCCCAAGGCUGACCUCAACAAGCCUCUCUACAUCGAUACCAAAAUGCGGCCCAGUGUGGAGUCCGGCUUUCCUCCGGUCACCAGGCAAAACACCCGGGGUCCCCUGCGACGGCAAGAGACAGAGAACAAGUACGAGACAGACCUGAGCAAGGACCGGAGGGGUGACGAUAAGAAGAACAUGCUGAUCAACAUCGUGGAUACGGCCCAGCAGAAGUCAGCCGGCCUGCUGAUGGUGCACACGGUGGACGUCCCCACGGCAGGGCCACCCCUGGAGGAAGAGGAGGACAGAGAGGAUGUGGAUAUAAAGCCAGACCACUCACCCUCCACAGUGCCAGAAGGCGUUCCCAAAACCGAAGGUGCUUUACAGAUCUCCGCUGCCCCCGAGCCCGCCGCUGCGCCCGGCAGGACCAUUGUGGCAGCGGGCUCCGUGGAAGAGGCAGUGAUUCUGCCAUUCCGCAUCCCCCCUCCCCCUCUGGCGUCCGUGGACUUGGAUGAGGACUUCCUUUUCACAGAACCAUUGCCUCCUCCCCUGGAAUUUGCAAAUAGUUUUGAUAUUCCUGAUGACCGGGCGGCUUCAGUUCCCGCUCUGGCUGACUUGGUCAAGCAGAAGAAAAAUGACACCCCUCAGCCCCCUUCAUUGAACUCCAGGCAGCCAGCCAACUCUACAGACAGUAAGAAGCCAACGGGCAUUUCAAACUGUCUGCCCUCCUCAUUCCUGCCACCCCCCGAAAGCUUUGACGCCGUCACCGACUCCGGGAUCGAGGAGGUGGACAGCCGGAGUAGCAGCGACCACCAUCUCGAGACAACCAGCACCAUCUCCACAGUGUCCAGUAUCUCCACGCUGUCCUCAGAGGGCGGGGAGAGCAUGGAUACCUGUACAGUCUAUGCAGACGGGCAAGCCUUUGUGGUUGACAAACCCCCAGUACCUCCAAAGCCAAAAAUGAAGCCCAUUGUGCACAAAAGCAACGCACUUUACCAAGACACGCUCCCGGAAGAGGACACAGAUGGCUUCGUGAUCCCCCCACCCGCACCCCCGCCCCCACCGGGCAGUGCCCAGGCCAGUAUGGCGAAAGUCAUCCAGCCAAGGACCUCCAAGUUGUGGGGUGAUGUCACAGAGGUCAAAAGCCCAAUUCUCUCAGGCCCAAAGGCAAAUGUCAUCAGUGAGCUAAACUCCAUACUGCAGCAGAUGAAUAGGGGGAAAUCCAUCAAGCCCGGGGAAGGGCUGGAACUGCCCGUGGGAGCCAAGUCAGCCAACCUCGCUCCAAGAAGCCCGGAGAUCAUGAGCACAGUCUCAGGAACACGGAGCACUACGGUCACCUUCACUGUCCGCCCCGGCACCUCCCAGCCCAUCUCCCUGCAGAGCCGGCCCCCCGACUAUGAAAGCAGGACCUCAGGACCACGGCGUGCCCCGAGCCCCGUGGUCUCACCCACAGAAUUGAACAAAGAGAUUCUGCCCACCCCUCUGUCUGCUGCCGCAGCCUCUCCCUCCCCCACACUCUCAGAUGUCUUUAGCCUUCCGAGCCAGUCCCCUGCAGGGGACCUCUUUGGCUUGAACCCAGCAGGACGCAGCAGGUCACCAUCUCCUUCAAUACUGCAACAGCCAAUCUCAAAUAAGCCUUUUACAACUAAACCUGUCCACCUGUGGACGAAACCAGACGUGGCAGACUGGCUGGAAAGUCUGAACUUGGGCGAACACAAGGAGACCUUCAUGGACAAUGAGAUUGAUGGUAGCCACCUGCCAAACCUCCAGAAGGAAGACUUGAUAGAUCUGGGGGUGACUCGAGUCGGGCAUAGGAUGAACAUAGAAAGGGCUUUGAAACAGCUGCUGGACAGAUAAGGGUGGCUGCCCUGGGCCUUUACAGACUCCUUUGUUAUAAGUAGAGAUGGGCUUAUGUUGAAAUGUGUGGUGGCCAAACAGAGGCUGAGAGCACCACUCUCAGUCUGUGGGCUUGUCUCUGGGUACCCAAAGAAACGCUGUGGGUGUCCUUGGUGUGGCCAAACCAGGGCCUCAAAACCCAGCUCUCCAUGCAGAUUUCUUGGGCGGCUUCUGUCCAAAGGGAUGGUAAGGGGGGUUUCUGUCAUGGUCCCAGAGGUUCCUGUCGAUGGCAUGUGGGACCCUCUCCUCCUGUGGCAGGUACCAGUGUACUCCAGAUACCUCCUGAGGCCUCCCUCCUCUGCCUUCUGGGCAGCUCUCACCCUCCAGCCCCAGAACACAGCCUUUCUUCAGGCCUGUGGCCUCCGGGUGGGCUCACUGGCUCCUAUCCCUCCCCUGUGCUCGGCUCUCAGUGAGCAGCUCCAGGUGGAGCCCUGCCUGAGCCAGACGGUAGAGAAAUGCCGUCCCAUCCGCCUCUUUGUCUGACUCCUGUGAUGUGCAUCUGAGCUUCUUUGGCCCCAAGGUCCUUGGCAGUGGUGGCUGUGUGGACGGGAUCGUGCCCAGCUUGCUUAACUUGCUUUCUCUAUUCCUGCAAACCGAUUAGCAUUUAAUUCCAGGGUGGCCAAACUGAAGUCACACGGAGUUAGUCAAAGCACAAAGUCACGAUCCUGAGGAGGAGGGAGGCCUGGCUGCAGGGCCAACCAGUGUGUGGCUGUCUAAGCCCACAACCUCCAGGACAAGAGCAGGUGUCUGCCCAGAGCAGCAGCUACCCAGGAGAGAGAGGCGGGGGCUCUCGAAUUUACUUUAACUAUCCGGAUGUCUGCUGAGCUCCACAGAGGUCAGGACAGAUAAGCAACUGUUCUGACAAGGACAAGAAGACCUGAGGCUCGUGGUAAGCACGGCUGCCCAGGGAAGCUGUUGUCCUCCCUGGGAGAGAAUGGGAUGCCAUGCCUUCCAUCCACACCAGGCCAUGGGGAGCAUCCUGCUGAGGCAGCCCUUUGCCUCUCAGAGGCCAAGAAAGGUGGAACUCAGGGGCCUUUCCCCCUUCUCUCAGAUAGCGGGGAUCCCACCAGCUUGUCUUAACUGUAAGUCUGGGUCUCAGAGAAGCCCAUGGUCAAGACCUGGUGGACAGAAAGUGGGGCACAGGUUGUGGCAAAGUGUAGGCGUGUGUGGAAAGGAAGGCAGGGAGCAUCCUGGACCAAGCCUCACCUCAGGCCCGCUGCCUGAGCCUGCCCUUCCCCCAGAUCUCCUCCCUCCCAAAACAAUACCUCUAAUGUCCCAGGGAGGUCACCGACUGCACACAGCCACUAUGCAGCCAGCUAGGCUCCCGAAUCCCCCUCUCCCCCGCACUCAGAGGAGACGUCAAUGUCAGGUUAUGGUUUUAUUAUUUCAGAACUAGCCCAGCCCAUCUCUAAUUAUAAAACAUUGUUUCUUUUCUUUUUUUCUUCACUUAUGCUCACAACCACAUGUCUGACGAGGCCUGGAACAGCUCUGGAAUGAACACAUAAAAUUUAGCAAUUUUUUUAAAAAAAAAUCUUUCUUUACCACAGGUUUAAAUAUGUGUACAGAUAGUUCAUAAGCACAAUAUUUUAAGGGGGAAAAAAGUGGCUGGUCUACUGGGCAGCCUCUGUGCCACCUCGUGCUGGAAUGCUAAAGGGAGAAAGGGUUCAUGGUUUAAUGACACCAUUUCCUUGGGACAAUUAUACAAACAACCUUUUAAAAUAGCUUUCUUCCCUGGACACAUCGGAGCCUGCAGCUCUUCCCUUCCCAGCCUUGCCACAGCGCCAUCACUGAAGGGCAAUUAUUUCUUCAAAAGGAUUGCAAUCCACAGCUUGGCAGUUUCUCCAAAAUCAAUGCCCACACACGCACACGCAUGUACACACACACACACACACACACACACGCCCUCACACACCCCUUGAAAUGGAGACCAAGGCUUCAAAUCUUACUUUGCUCCCAAAACCCUUGGCAGGCCAACCCCAACUUGUGAGUCAUCCGCUCACCUGGUAGCAGGUGACUGGCGAGCACCUUGUCUGGGUCCUGUCGGUUCCCCACAGCAAGGUGAAGGAGUGAUGCCCCAGACAGACACUGCGGGUCGCCAGCAAAGAGUUCAGAGUGUGGAAGUGUGGCCCUGCCAUUAAUCUGUCUUCCAUGGGUGGUUCUCCGAAGUCCCCUCAGUGUGCCAUGUCACUGGGCUCCUUUCCUUUGCCUCCGGUUGGCAUUACCUCUGUGCUCAGUGCCAGGCAGAUGCCAGGCAGGAGACCUGAUGGCUUGGGACCCGCUGAACUUAGGCAGCGGGUGACAGGCCAUGACUGCCUUCCUUAGACUUCAAGCCACAUGCCACCAAGCAGAAGCAAGCUGACUGCCAGCCUCGGGAGCUGAUAGGCCAGCUCUGCUUAGCAGUGUCUGGGCACAGAAACACCGCUGGGCCUAUCAGAACCCACCCCCAACCACCCGAACACACAUUUGCCUAGAUGACUGGUCUCUAUCUCUGAUAGCUAAUGUUGCUAAGAAAGCAAUAGUCCCUCGUUGAAAUCGCCGCCAUUGCUCUCCCCAGUUGGAACAUGUCAGGACCAGGCCCUGCUCCAGGACCCCCUUCAGUGGUGAAUCAGAUGUUAAACUGCUCAUGAGGACCAUGUUACCACUCUUCCAGGUUUUAAGAUCAACUUUUGUUAUAUACUGUAAUUUAAAUAACUGCAUAAAUUUACAUGCCUAGUUUCUGUAAUAUUGUGUAUACAAAACCAAAAUCUCUCAAGCUGUAAAUUGUGUAUACCCGCCAGGAUCCCUGCUCUGGGGUGUCCAUGCGCAUUUUAGAUUUAAUUCAUACAAUUAAAAAUAACUCAGUGUGA